AAUUGAACUUGAGAUUCCGAUAAAACCGGGAUAGAUACAUACACUCGAGCGUUAUAACGCUCAGACAAACGCUGACGCAACUGAAGCAAAAGACACGCAUGCGCUUUGGUUUGAUCAAACACUAAAGCAGUCUCUCUGUAGAUCGGUAACACGUACACUUGUGAGCGCAGAUAGGCUUCGGUAGUGAUCGCUUGCGCCAAGUAGUGAUGAAGAAACUGGCUGAUCGGCUCUUGCAUCGUUUCACCAACCAUGAAACCGCUUCCAACGCCGACCACCACUGCUCAACAGGGACAGGUGAAGGUACAAGUGGUCUUAGACAUAGACAGGAUCGCAGGAUGCCUUCUCAAGGUGUCCGGCUUUAUAUCAGUGACCGUUAUGUUGUGAUGGACAAUGGAAUCCUCCAAGUUACACUUUCAAAUCCAGGUGGUAUCAUCACCGGCAUAAAGUAUAACGGUGUUGACAAUGUGCUUGAGAUUCGUAACAAGGAGACCAAUAGAGGGUACUGGGACCUGCACUGGAAUGAACCUGGAGGCAAGGGAAUAUUUGAUGUCAUCAGUGGAGAGAGUUUCAGGGUGAUAGUCGAGACUGAAGAACAGGUCGAGAUCUCAUUUCUAAGAACAUGGAAUCCAUCCCUUGAGGGGAAGUACAUUCCUCUGAAUAUCGAUAAAAGGUUUAUAAUGCUUCGUGGCUCUUCUGGAGUUUACACAUACGGCAUUUAUGAACACCUUAAAGAGUGGCCUGGGUUUGAGCUUGGGGAAACAAGAAUCGCCUUCAAGCUCAGAAAAGACAAAUUCCAUUACAUGGCGGUGGCAGAUGACAGAAAAAGGAUAAUGCCUUUUCCAGAUGAUCUAUGCAAAGGAAGAUGCCAAACUCUAGAUUACCAGGAAGCUUCCUUGCUCACUGCUCCUUGUGAUCCACACCUACAAGGCGAAGUAGAUGACAAGUACCAAUACUCAUGUGAGAAUAAAGAUCUGAGAGUACAUGGAUGGAUAUCCUUUGAUCCGCCAGUAGGAUUCUGGCAAAUUACGCCCAGUAAUGAGUUCCGAUCUGGCGGACCACUCAAACAAAACCUUACCUCACAUGUUGGCCCAACCACCCUUGCAGUGUUUCACAGUACACAUUAUGCGGGGAAAACAAUGAUGCCUCGCUUUGAAUGUGGUGAGCCUUGGAAGAAAGUCUAUGGCCCUGUCUUCAUUUACUUAAACUCCACAGCUGCUAGAGAUGAUUCACUCUUCUUGUGGGAUGAUGCUAAGAUAAAGAUGAUGGCUGAGGUUGAAAGUUGGCCUUAUAGCUUUGUGGCAUCUGAGGACUACCCAAAGUCUGAAGAACGUGGCACUGCCCGUGGUAGAUUACUUGUUUGCGAUAGGUUCGUAAGCAAUGAUUUGAUUUCAGCACAAGGUGCUUAUGUGGGUUUGGCUCCACCUGGUGAUGCUGGUUCCUGGCAAAUAGAAUGCAAGGGAUACCAAUUUUGGGCGAUAGCAGAUGAGGCUGGCUACUUUUCGAUAGACAAUGUGCGUCCUGGCGAGUACAAUCUCUAUGCAUGGGUCCCUGGCUUCAUUGGAGAUUAUCAUAACAACAUUGUUGUUUCUGUGACUUCAGGGUGCAAGAUUGAAAUGGGUGAUAUCGUCUAUGAACCUCCAAGAGAUGGACCUACCUUGUGGGAAAUCGGCAUCCCCGACCGAAAAGCUUCCGAGUUCUUUAUCCCAGAUCCUGAUCCCACUCUCGUAAACAGAGUUUUAGUCCAGCCUCAAGACAGGUUCAGGCAAUAUGGUUUGUGGAAGAGAUACACAGAUUUGUAUCCAAAUAAUGACCUUGUUUACACAAUUGGUGUAAGCGAUUACCGCAGAGACUGGUUCUUUGCUCAUGUGCCUAGGAAGAAAGGAGAUGGGCACGAAGGAACAACUUGGCAGAUUAGGUUUAAACUCGAAAACAUUGAUCAAAAGGCGAAUUACAAACUGCGAGUAGCCAUAGCAUCUGCAACCUUAGCAGAGUUGCAGGUGAGACUCAAUGAUGCUGAAGCAACACGUCCUUUGUUCACAACCGGACUUAUAGGGAGAGACAACUCGAUUGCAAGGCACGGUAUCCACGGGGUUUACAUGCUGUACACGGUGAACAUACCGGGAAACAGGUUUGUGCAAGGUGAUAACACGAUAUUCCUGAAACAGCCAAGAUGCAAUGGCCCCUUUCAAGGGAUUAUGUAUGACUACAUUCGUCUUGAAGGCUCUCCUUAACAGUAUGAUAGAUAGCAUGUGUUUGAAUAUAUAUAAAUAAGACCAAAUGAUAGUGGUAACAGUACACGGUGAACAUACCGGGAAACAGGUUUGUGCAAGGUGAUAACACGAUAUUCCUGAAACAGCCAAGAUGCAAUGGCCCCUUUCAAGGGAUUAUGUAUGACUACAUUCGUCUUGAAGGCUCUCCUUAACAGUAUGAUAGAUAGUAUGUGUUUGAAUAUAUAUAAAUAAGACCAAAUGAUAGUGGUAA